AUGGGGAGGUGCUCCUCCUCAACGAUUCUUUGGAUCGCCCUGCUCAUCGGAGCUUCAUUCUCAACUAAAGUCGAUGUCGAUCUUAUCAAUGAGACAAUUCGCAACCUCAUGCAUUUCAAGUCGAUCGGUCCCAAUGACACUUUCUCCUUCCACCGCCCGUCUCAAUACCUUUCGAACCAUAUGAAGAAAUUGUACGACGUGAUUGUUGAUGAAGACGGAAUUGAUGACGGAAACUUGGUUCGAGCAAUCGAGCCUGCUGUUGGUAAAUUCUCAGGACAAGAAGUUCUAGUGUUCGACAUUGACGGAUUCGAUGCUCAGGAAUCUAUAAUGCGCGCGGAGUUGCACUUCAAUUUGCGACGUCGUGAUCCGAUGGCUCGACAUCGCUCUCGUCAGAUUCGCGCCAGAGCACUUUGCAUCAACGAAUAUUGCCGCGAGCAGAAUCUUCGCAAAAUUCAUAGUACCAAUGAUGAUGAGCACGAAUAUAAGGUGGUUUGGGAUGCGACGAAACCAGUCUUUGAUUCUUAUCAUCUUGAUGCUAAGCAGGUCGUUAUUCGGAUUAGCCGCGAACACACCAGAAUGCGUCCAUAUUCUGAGAUGGUCCGUCGUAGUUCGCCAUUCCUCGUGAUUUAUUCACAAGUCAAUCACACUCUCGACACGAAUACCGUAAUCCGACAGGCGGAACAGGCGAAGCGCAAGCGUCGAGAGAUUGGAAGAGAGGAAAUGAAACAAUAUUAUACAUAUGCGUCAAUUCCACUUGAUGAGGAUAACAAACCGCCAAAGAAAAAAGUGAAAUCGUUUAGUGGCGAGAUGUCGUCGGAAGACGUGUGGAACGGCUUCGGAGAAGAGUCGCGCGAGGAUCGAGAAAAGAACGAGCUCGACGAUAUGGCUAAUGAUGUUCGUGUGGUGCUUCUGCAAAACAAAAAUAAAUGCCACAAAGAAGGAACCUUGUUGAGCAUCAAACAAUUCGGAUGGGAUGAGUGGCUGAUCUCGCCUAAAACAAUCGAGACGUCGUUCUGCAAAGGCCGUUGCACUAAGCCGCUCUCGAAAGCAUCCAAUCACGCGCAGAUGCAAUCCCUUUUCGCUUCCGAGCCCAUCUGCUGUGCUCCAUCCAAUCUCAAAUCGUUGAAUCUUCUUUAUCGCGACGAAAAAGGACGAACAACCAUCCGAAACUAUCCGAGAAUGCUCAUCGGCUCGUGCUCGUGCCUCUAA